GAUGAAUACCUCUUUUAAUGUCCUAUAACGUAACGUACUUUGCUACAGUAAUUUUUGCGAUCUUGCGAAGAAAAUAUUUUAAGUUAUUGACAAUUUCUUUUUCGGCUUAUUGUUAACAAGAUUAGUAAACCACGAUUCAAAGAAAAAUCAAGCAAUUCUAUGAGCAUACACUUUUAAAUGUAACUUGUUAUUAUAUUACGUUCGGUUCGAUCGAAAGCACGAUGUUUCAUCGACGUGAUUAAAACCACGUGCUUCGAGAGACCGACCGUUUUUAUAAGAUGUAAUAUAUAAUGUGAGCAUUUUAUUGAAACAGAAUUGCUGUUGUAUUAAUUUGGAUUAAUUAUCUUAACAAUUAUUCUUUCUUUGUAAAAGAAAUAAUUAUAAUCGGUUUAUAAACGAAUAUUAAUCAGAGAAGAAAAAUUCUUGCUAUCAUUGUAAAACGGUAUGCUGAAACAGAAUGACGGAGUUCGUAGAAGGUUGGUUACUCGGACAUACUUUGGGAGAAGGUGCUUACGGCGAGGUAAAAAUGGUUGUAAAUAAAACUACAGGUGUGGCAGUUGCUAUGAAAAUGAUAGAUUUAAUAAAGCACCCACAUGCCCAAAAAUCUGUUCGUAAAGAAACUACAAUUCACCGUAUGCUCUCUAAUCCUCACAUUAUACGAUACUUUGGGAAACGUAGUGAACCCAAUAUGGAAUACAUAUUUUUAGAAUAUGCGUCAGGUGGAGAACUUUUUGAUAAGAUUGAACCAGAUAUUGGUAUGCCAGUUUGCCAAGCACAGAGGUAUUUCAAACAAUUAAUCUCUGCUGUAGAAUAUCUUCACAACAAAGGUAUUGCGCACAGAGAUUUGAAACCAGAAAAUUUGUUAUUAGAUGAACAUGAUAAUUUGAAAGUUUCUGAUUUUGGUAUGGCAACAGUAUAUCGUUUACAUGGCAAAGAACGUUGUUUAGAAAACAAAUGUGGAACAUUACCAUAUGUAGCUCCUGAAGUGUUAUCGGGUUAUUAUCGUGCAGAACCAGCUGAUACAUGGUCAUGUGGUAUAAUUCUUGUAGCUUUACUAAGUGGAGAACUGCCUUGGGAUCAGUCCUUGGCAGAAUGUCCGCAGUAUAAGGCAUGGAGAGAUAGAAAAUACAUGUCUAUUAAGCCAUGGCGAAAAUUGGAUAAUUUUUCACUGUCUUUGAUAAAAAAUAUUCUUAUGCACUCACCAGAAAACAGAUUUACUAUAAAGGAUAUUAAACAACAUAGAUGGUUCAUCAAAAAUUUCGAGGAAGCUGGGAGUAUAGAAGGAUAUGUUCGAUCUGAUGAAAUUGAUUCGAAGCAAAUACUACAAGAUGAAAAGUUAGCAAGAUUCUGUCUAUCACAACCAGAAUUACCUGCAAUAGAAAACGCUAAUCCAGUACAAAUUAACUUGGAAGAACGACCUGGAUUUUCAUUCUCGCAACCUGCGUAUAUAGAAGAUUUAUUGUUAUGCACACAAGUACAAAAUAAACCAUUUACUCAAGCAAGUCAGCAAACUACUUUCCAGCGAUUAGUACGACGUAUGACAAGAUUUUUUGUUAAAACCGAGCUGAAAUCAACUAUGGAACGUUUACUAAAUUGUCUAAAGAAUGAAAAUUAUACGUGUCGAAUUAAUAAUGUUGGCAUAAUCACUGUAAUAGCAGUCGAUAGAAGAAAGAUGCCUUUAGUCUUUAAAGCAAAUACUGUUGAAAUGGAUGGAAAGACAUUAGUUGAUUUUCGAUUGUCUAAAGGCUGUGGUCUAGAAUUUAAACGAACAUUCAUAAAAAUUAAAUCUUUACUAGACGAUAUUAUAUUAAACAGGCCUAUUUUAUGAUCUAUUGUUGAAUGCAUGCCUUAAUAUUGUACACAAUUACAUUUUUUAAUAAAUUUUCUAUAUCUUU